CCCUGGUUCAUCAUCAUGGGGAAUAUUCCAAUAUCAGGUCAUAAAAAUCUUCCGGUGACCUACUACUGCAUGCCAGAAAGUGCCGGUGCCUCGCAAUCGGUUGUGGAUCCAGUGAUCAACCCCUUAGACUUCCAGAAACAAGAAGUUUCUAAACCAAGUGAUGCCUUUGGAAACAACUACUAUCAAAAUGAGAUAGGAGAAAAUGUAAAAAUUGAUGAGCCAUUUAAGCCAGCUACCCAAAGAAGUGAAUUUUCCUUUGCUGAACCUUUCAAAUCAUCAUCUGAGGGUCCAACAGUUUCAAAAGGUAAUGAUGAAUCAGGGGUAACAGAGCGAGAUAAUGAACAAGAGGGAGUUUCAAGAGUAUCCUACAAGCAGUAUAUGAAGGAAUGGAAAGAUAAUGAACAAUAUCGCAGACAAAGCGCCAGAGUGGUACAAGCUAAGACCAAUUCUGACACAUCAGUGAAGGCAGCUCAAGAAUCUGUCAGUGUCAGCUGGAGUGAAGAAAGGAAAGAACCAAUCAAAGCUUCACAGUUUGCUACGUCCAGUAAACCUAAUUAUGCUUACCAGGCUCAAAAGUACGAGGUAUCAGCUUCCAAUGACGGGUUUGGGAUAUCUCAAUCACACCAACGUGUAGAAGAAGGUGCUGUAUCUCAAGUUGCCACUAGAAUCCAAGCUAGGUAUGGUGGAAGAGCUGUCAGAAAUGAAAUAUCAGGUUAUUCAGCAGCAAGAAAUUUGUCCUUCAACAGACCCAGUUAUACAGCCAGAAAAAGAGAGGACUUCCAUGAUUUUAAUGACAACGGCACAGGUGACCGGUGGGAAAGGGAUGAAUAUUCAGGCUCUUACACUCGUAAAUUUGAGGGUCCCAGAGCAUGGAAUCAGAGGAACAACAAUUACGCACCUAUGGACAAUAUAAAUCCACCUGAUUGGAAAAAUAGUAAACUAACCACUUUUCGCAAAAACUUUUAUCAACCUCACCCGAAUACGGAGAACCGGACUGUAGAAGAACUGAAAAAGUUUUAUGAUACACAUAAAAUAAAGGUGUAUGGUGAUGCUCCAAAGCCAAUUUUACAUUUUGAGGAGGCAAACUUUCCAAAAUAUGUUGCAGAUACAGUACAUAAAAUUGGCUUUGAUAAUCCGACACCAAUCCAGGCGGUUGGUUGGCCAAUAGCUAUGAGUGGCCUUAAUAUGGUUGGUGUUGCACAAACAGGUUCAGGGAAAACUUUGGGGUACAUCCUACCAGCUACAGUGCACAUCAACAAUCAAGAACCGUUGCGUCCCGGAGACGGACCCAUCGGACUAGUGUUGGCGCCGACUAGAGAACUGGCGCAGCAGAUACAACAAGUGGCACGUGACUUCUCGUCUGGACUGAAGUCUUGUUGUGUGUACGGCGGUGCGGGCCGCGGACCUCAAGCGCAGAUGUUGGAACGUGGUGUGGAGUUGGUGAUAGCCACGCCUGGCCGCCUUCUGGACUUCUUGGAGCGAGGUGUGACCAAUCUGAAGCGCUGUACGUAUGUGGUCAUGGACGAGGCUGACAGAAUGCUUGACAUGGGUUUUGAACCCCAGAUCAGAGCUAUCAUGGAGCAGAUCAGGCCAGAUAGACAGGUGCUGAUGUGGUCUGCGACAUGGCCUGAAGAGGUGAGGCAGCUGGCCAAAGACUUCCUCAAGGAUUAUGUACAGAUCAACAUCGGCUCUACGGAACUUUCAGCCAAUCACAACAUCACUCAACAUGUGGAAGUCUGUGAGGAACACGAGAAAGAAAAUAAGCUCAGAAACCUGUUGAAAAAGCUAUUUUCUGAAGAAGAUGUUGGAAAAACAAUUGUUUUUUGUGCAACCAAACAAAAGGUUGAUGAGGUUGCGAGGUUUAUUUCAAGACAGGGGUACAAAGCCAUGGCGAUUCAUGGGGACAAGUCUCAAACUGAGAGAAAUUACGUAUUAAGAGAGUUCCGCCAUUCAAGAAGUUCUAUUUUAGUGGCAACUGAUGUUGCAGCAAGGGGCUUGGAUGUGCAAGACGUGAGGAAUGUGAUCAACUAUGACUACCCUCAGAACUCAGAGGACUACGUUCAUCGUAUCGGCCGCACAGGCAGAUCCGACCAGCUGGGCAACUCUUACGCUUUCUUCACUUCUCUGAACCAGCGGCAAGCAAAGGGCCUCAUAGACGUACUGCAGGAGGCCAAACAACACGUAGACCCUCAACUGUCAGAGAUGGCCGUCACAGCUAACUACGCAACUGGCAACAAGUGGAGAGGUUUUAACAACCGUUCCUUCAACAGAUACCCUCAGUCACACAAACAACCUUGGAGGAGAAAUUUUGGAGGACACGACAGAUGAAACCCAGAAGAGAAAACUCCUAACCCAAUGCUAUGAUCCAAUAUUGAGUCUGAGAAGGCCUUGAAGUUACUGUGUAAAUCAAAUCCAAAAUGGAAAUCAUUGCAAUUUUCAAUGGAAAAAAACACUCUACCUUAGAGGUAAUUCACGUUUUGCCAACCUUUUAAAUACUAAACAAUAUAGGUUUGUAAACAAUUUUACAAAGAUUCAUCUGUAGUACUUCUUUGUGUUAAUAAAAUGUUUUCAUCCUGACUAUUACUUGCUCUAUAGAAACUGUUAAUUUCCUAAAGAUGAGUAUAUAAAGAUCUAUUUUGUAAAAGUUAACAUUACUUUUUGUUUUUGAAGAUCAAGAUUGGACAUGCCAAUGAACAUCAGAAGUAGAAAUUAUACAGAAUUACAUUUCAAACUGUACUCUGACGUAUUAAAAAAAACCAAUAAUUAGUUUUUAUUCUUACUACUUAACCUUAACAUGUUAAAAUUCAACAUUUUCUCAAAUAUUUAUUUUUGUUAUAAUGUCUAUCAUUUAAUGUCUUUUUCUUAUUUUUUACUUAAUUUGUUGCAAUUUAUUUGGUAAAUUUAUAAUUAUAAAUUGUUUAGAAUUUAGUUAACGAGGCUCAUGUGUUAGUUGAGUAAAUAAAUGUCAAUGAAUGCCUAAGAAUGUAGACUACAUAAGCAACCAGUCAGUCUAAACACAUACUUAUUUUAGGCAUAGGCUAUAUAAAAAACAUUCAAGUUAUUGUUCUUUCUAGCCUGUUUUCUGCUUGUUACCUUAUAAGAUUCUGUUCAUUGUUGUAUGCCUGUCUGUCUAUCAUCUUUCCAUUUGUAUUUGUUGUUUUUUUAAGAAUUUUCUUUCAUUUAUUAUUUAUUCAUUUAUGACAAUUUUUAUAGUUUUUGUAUAAAAAUCAACAUUUAACUCUCACAAAACAUUUUGUACUCUUCAAAUACUUCAAUCUGGGAGCAUGGUGAUAUUCUG